CCACCGUGCAUCCUGCACCCCCGUCCCGUCCGCCGUCCCGUCCCCCACCACCCCACCAAAACGACCAUGUCGACAAGUACGAUCCACAUCCAUACCCUCCCGCCGUCUUCGCACCUAGGGCUGGACCUGAGCUCUCUCACGACACCCAGCACGUUCACAGGAAUCUCCUCUUUACCCCCAGGGCUGCACCACAUCUGGAUCUCGCCCGCGCCGUCACUGACGCUGCGGCACGGGCGGUGGGUCCUCUGCGCCGGCGACAGUGACAACGACACGCACUACUUCCGCUACGAUGCCGGCAGCGAGGGAUUAGUCCGCGAAGACGUGGAGGGGACUGUGGUGCGGUCGGGAGCCUCAGAGUCGGAGUCGGAGGCGGAGGAGGCGGAGGGGGAAGAAGGGCUGAUAAGCUACCGACAGCGGCACCCUGGCAGCGGCUCGGAGGGGCACAGCGAUUCCGCGUGGCGGGCGUUAGUGGCACACGUUACGCCGGGCGUGCUGACGUGCCUACUGGGCCCGGGCUGGGCGGCUGAGACGACGUCCUCGUCGACCAGCACCUCCGGCGACGACGAGGACGACGCAGCCGACCUCGCCGCCGGAAAGGCGUUCGAGGCGGACAGUGAAGUGCGGAUCGCGUUCACGGCGAUCAAUCUGAAGACGACGUGGCCGGCUGGGGCUGUGGGGCGGGAGCGCACGGAGAAGGCGCGCGACCGGUCGUGGGCGCUGUCGGAGGUGCUGGGGCGCCAGCAGGAGCUGCUGGGCGAGUGGGAGGUGACGUUCGUGGUGUGCUUGUUUUUAGGAAACUUUGCGGCGGGGGAGCAGUGGCAGAAGGUCGUGAGGCUGGUGUUGACGUGUCGCGAGGCGGUUUUUGGGGGGAGCGAGGGCUGGUUUGUUGAGUUCCUGCAGGGGCUCAGGAGGAUGCUGGAGGUUUUGAAAGGCGCUGGAGACGGUGGGGGGUUCUUGGGCGACGAGGUCAUGGCUGAGGUGCUUAAGUUGCUGAGAGGGUUUGGCAAGGUCCUGAGGGAGGAGGAGGAAGAGGACGACAAGAGAGGGAGGAAGGUCCGUGAGGAGUUCUUGAAGCUGGCGGGCUGGGCGAGCAGGAAGAUGGAUUGGGUGCUUGAUACGCGGGAGGUGCUGAGGAAGGGAAUGGUACAAACCGAGGAGGGGGAUAUGGUCGAGAUACAGGAUGAGGGGUUGGAGGAAGAGGAGGAGACUGGCGAGUAUGCGCCAGCUGUCGUGGAGGAUCUCGAGCUGUCCAAAAGUAGGAGCGAGUCUCCCCUUGAGAUACAGAUGGCGGAUGAAGAGGAUGAUGAUCCCAGGUUUUAGCAGCAGCAGCAGCGGUUUCUAGUAGAUGGUAUUACACGGCGUCCAGGCAGAAGAAAAUGGAAUAAUCUCGCAACAU